GAGAGAGAGAGAGAGAGAGAGAGAGAGAGAGAGAGAGAGAGAGAGAGAGAGAGAGAGAGAGAGAGAGAGAGAGAGAGAGAGAGAGAGAGAGAGAGAGAGAGAGAGAGAGAGAGAGAGAGAGAGAGAGAGAGAGAGAGAGAGAGAGAGAGAGAGAGAGAGAGAGAGAGAGAGAGAGAGAGAGAGAGAGAGAGAGAGAGAGAGAGAGAGAGAGAGAGAGAGAGAGAGAGAGAGAGAGAGAGAGAGAGAGAGAGAGAGAGAGAGAGAGAGAGAGAGAGAGAGAGAGAGAGAGAGAGAGAGAGAGAGAGAGAGAGAGAGAGAGAGAGAGAGAGAGAGAGAGAGAGAGAGAGAGAGAGAGAGAGAGAGAGAGAGAGAGAGAGAGAGAGAGAGAGAGAGAGAGAGAGAGAGAGAGAGAGAGAGAGAGAGAGAGAGAGAGAGAGAGAGAGAGAGAGAGAGAGAGAGAGAGAGAGAGAGAGAGAGAGAGAGAGAGAGAGAGAGAGAGAGAGAGAGAGAGAGAGAGAGAGAGAGAGAGAGAGAGAGAGAGAGAGAGAGAGAGAGAGAGAGAGAGAGAGAGAGAGAGAGAGAGAGAGAGAGAGAGAGAGAGAGAGAGAGAGAGAGAGAGAGAGAGAGAGAGAGAGAGAGAGAGAGAGAGAGAGAGAGAGAGAGAGAGAGAGAGAGAGAGAGAGAGAGAGAGAGAGAGAGAGAGAGAGAGAGAGAGAGAGAGAGAGAGAGAGAGAGAGAGAGAGAGAGAGAGAGAGAGAGAGAGAGAGAGAGAGAGAGAGAGAGAGAGAGAGAGAGAGAGAGAGAGAGAGAGAGAGAGAGAGAGAGAGAGAGAGAGAGAGAGAGAGAGAGAGAGAGAGAGAGAGAGAGAGAGAGAGAGAGAGAGAGAGAGAGAGAGAGAGAGAGAGAGAGAGAGAGAGAGAGAGAGAGAGAGAGAGAGAGAGAGAGAGAGAGAGAGAGAGAGAGAGAGAGAGAGAGAGAGAGAGAGAGAGAGAGAGAGAGAGAGAGAGAGAGAGAGAGAGAGAGAUAGAGAGAGAGAGAGAGAGAGAGAGAGAGAGAGAGAGAGAGAGAGAGAGAGAGAGAGAGAGAGAGAGAGAGAGAGAGAGAGAG